UAUAAAUACGAUGUAUUCCUGUGGCUACAAAUAUUCUACAAAAUUGUGUAUAAUAAAGCAAAAUAAUCUUAACAAAAUGAAGCUUCUUGUGCUGUGUAUCUGUGUUUUAGGAUUCGCUACAUCCGAUUUAGCCAACAAUGAAAUAAAACAACAAUUUAAAAGUGCGAUGACAGAGGUAGAGGACGAUAUGGUGGCUUGUAUGACGGAAAAUAACGUAACCGAAUCUGAUUGGUACAGAGUGGAAGAGAUAAUGACUGGCGUACAUACAGAACCCGAAAAUGAAGAGAAGACAAGAAAACUAGGUUGUACUGUCGUCUGCCUUUUAAAAAAAGAAAAUUUGAUGGAAGGUUCAAACAUUAAAGAGGAGAGAUUUCAUGCAAAAAUAAAUAAAGAAGCAGCUGGUUCUCCCUACGAAGGCAAAAUGCACAAGAUUGCUCGUAAUUGUAUGAAAGAAGUAAAAGAUAUUACAGAAGUGUGUGAAAAAGGCUUCGCUCUAUUUAGUUGUUUUGUGAAAGCUACACAUAAAUUGCAGCACCAUGAAGAACAUGAAACAAUAACAACAGAUCAAAAUGAAGAAGCAGAAUAAACUGUUUGAAUGUAAUUCACUAAAUAUUAUCCGAACGUUAACUAUUAUAAUUUUAUUAAACUCGCAACACAAGACAUAAUUUAAAUAAAAAAUAUAUAUGUUUUGUCUCUUAUAUUAUAUUCUUGAUUUUCUGAUAUAAUAAAACAAGGAUAUAUAUAAACAA